UGUGUAACAUAUAGUAUUAUAUAUUUAUACAAACAUCUCGGUUUCACUUAGCCCACGCACAGACAAAAAAAAUAAAAAUUCUUUACAUGUAAGGCUUGAUUUCCUUCCUUAUUUCUAUUCGUUAGUGUGCUAGGGCAUGUAUUGGUUCUUUUGGUGAAUAGGGAUGCAAAGAGGUAGAGACAGCAACAACCGUGUCGCGAUGCAUCAGGCUUGCGCAUCGUGCAAGCAUCAGCGAAAGAGGUGCGCGGAGGAUUGCGUAUUGGCACCAUAUUUUCCGGCGGAGAGAAUGCAGGAGUUUCAAGCUGUCCAUAAGGUUUUUGGUGUUAGCAAUGUCAUUAAAUUAGUGAAAGAUGUCGAUAAAGAGAGACAAAAGGAGACGGCGGACUCGUUGGUGUGGGAGGCUUCUUGCAGACAAGAUGAUCCCGUUUUAGGUUGUUAUGGAAAGUUUAAGAAAAUACAGGAAGAACUUGAGCUGUACAAAAUGCAAACACCAUUGCCAAACCAAAACAUAUUAAGGCAGCGACAAGGCGGCGCAGCGUAUAACAAACAGCCUCUGCUACUUGCAUGGAAUGCUACUCAUGGGAUAAAUAAUAGGGGGAACGGCAUUGGAGGAGGAUUGGCUAACAAUAACGUGGCAAAUUAUUGCCAUGACAAUUCGAGUUUGAUGGUUGAUUCAGUCCCACAUAGUUAUCCCUGGCAGUUUGUGCGCGGCCAAGACAAAUCAAACCCAGAAAGAGAUGCUACCUCUCUUCUUCUUCCAAUCCAGCCUUCGCCGCCGCCGCAUCCCUUUUCGGUCAAUGGAUUUAAUCAACAACAAUAUUACCAUCCAGGACAAUUUGGUUCAUUGAAUGGCAGACCAAUGGACAGCACACUCUUCAUGGGAGAAGAAGAUGGACCAUAGAUCCUUCUUGCUAAGCUUGGGCAGAAGAGAACACAAGAGGAUAAAUAUUCAUAGCUAACCACCUUGAACUGGCCAAGACAGCAGAGUUUAAUUAGCUUCUUUUCCUACCUUGUCUGAAGGCAGAGAUUUCCUCAUUGUUCCCUGCGUCCUCUCUAAUCUUUAGUAAAAAAAACAUAUAUGUAUAAAAUAGAAAUUCAGAAGAGUGCUGUUUUUUUAUUAAUAUUUUAAUGUUUAAAAACAUGGAUUAUUUUCAUGUAAACAACAUUAAUUAAUGAGAGAUUUAAAUCAAA